AUGGAGGUGAUUGAGAUCAACAGUGAAGAUACCUCUUUCAAAUAUGACACUAAGAAUGACCAUAGUGUAAUUCUACUAACUGAUGAUUCAGAUCCCAUAGUCUGCACCACAAACUCUGCUACUCAGAGACAACAGCUACCGCCGAGCUCUCCAUGUGCCCCAAAUACUCAUGACAACGAGGUAGAGGCUAUCCCUCCGGCUUCGGUUAAGAAGACGGGAAGCAUUUUAGAUAUUGAGAACUGGCUUAGUAGUUCAGAUGAGGAUAGUAUAGAACUACUGAGCAUGCCAGCGCCACGGAAACGUCCAAAAAAGAUCCUACUAUCGCCAGGCUCAACGCAGAAAACCACAGCAACUAUCAAUGAGUCUGAGCCGCUGCAUGAACCACGUGAAGAAGAGCCAAAGAAGGCCUCACCACAACAAAAGGCAAACAUUUCAGCUCUUUUUGUUGGCAGUGAACUAUCAGAUCCUAUAACGAGCUCCCCAAAGACAAGUCAAGUGUUCACGGAACCGAGCCAUAAGGUACUCCCAAGCAAUAGCCAGACUACUAAACCAAAUGAGUCUAAGUUUUCAAAGAAAGAAUGGAAAGACGCUAAUAGAGCGACAAGAAAGAAAGAAGAGAUUCUUGGAGAAAUGAUCAUAGAAUAUGCUGAGUCCCUAAAAGAGAAGCUUGAGUCUUCGUACUUUGAGGAGACUCUAGAGGGCAUAAAUCGUCGUCAUAAAGUUACAGCCAUUCCCACUAUCAACUGGAAACGCAAAGUCAAAGCGACAUACAAUGCAGAAGCGGACGUCUUUGAGCCUUGUGAGCCAAAGGAAAUUUCUGAAAAGGUUAUUAUACUUUAUUAUGAGGCUAGUGACCUAGUGGAUAAAAUUCUCAAUGGAACCUUGAGAUUCGACCGAGAAAGUGCCAUACGAAGAGCUUCUACCGAGGACUCUAGUAUCGAUUACUAUGUCAUGGUUAUGGUCAUUGGACUCAAAGAAUACCUAAGAAAGCUAAAGGGAAUCGAGGAUCGAGCAUACAGGGACCAGAUGCUAUUGAAGAUGAACGAGCCUCUCUCUAAAAAGAGAAAACAAGAGGAGAUUGUCAUCACGGCCGCUGAUGCCCAAAGAAAAAUUCAAGAAGCAGGUAUAGAUCUUAAGCUCAACAUAUUUAUUGUGAGAACAGCGCAAGAAGCGAUCGACUGGCUUCAUUCUUUUACAUACACCAUUGGAUCUUCGCUUUACGACAAAUUUCAAAGGAACUCUAGUCUUGCUAAUAUCGGCACAGUUCGACUGGGAUCAGAUAGGCGGACUACCUUCAUUGAGCUUCUCAAGAAGUUCAACCUCAUGACGCAACCAAGAGCUGAAAAGCUCUACGAGUACUACACUUCACCGAUUGCGAUGUAUAAAAGGUUUCUAAAGAGUGACACUCUCGGCACGGUGAAUGGCAAGAACAUCGUUCCUCCAUCAGCGAAUGCUGCAAUGAAAAGAGUGUUUACAGCUACGGACCCUUCGCAGGUGAUCACAUAA